UGUACGUAAUUUUCUCUCUCGCUCGCUGAAUCUAAAGGUUAUCAUUAAGACAGAUGUGCCCUGCAGAGUGGUUGCAGUGGAGAUCAUUUUACCCUGGAGGAACCACUUGAUUAAGGAGUGGCUAAGACGGAUUUAAAGCAACUGAGAAAGACGUGGCAAAAGCAAAAAGAGAGUGCCUCAAGAAGACAGAAUUUAGGAGAAUUAAGGAUAAGAUGCCCCAUUUCGUCGCUCCCACCAUUCAGCAGUAUCUUCAACGCAGAGCUCUGUUUCUUAAUUGAUUCCUUAUCCAGGACUUUCCAGGAGUGAUCGGAUACAAUGAUAAUCAAUCAACUUACUUUCCUCCUGUUGUUCUGUUUGCUGGGCUGGAGCGAUGCACUGAUCCGGCCGGUGCCUGGAAUUAGCACGUCGGAUCGGGAUGGACGGACGCUACAACGCACUAAACGAGGAUGGAUGUGGAAUAGUUUCUUUCUCUUAGAGGAGUGGACGGGGACUGGAAAGCAGUAUGUUGGAAAGCUUCACUCAGACAUGGACCAUGAAGAUGGAAGUGUGAAGUACGUCCUCACCGGAGAUGGGGCCGGAACUGUUUUCGAGAUUGAUGAGAACUCGGGUGAUAUCCACGCCACCAGGAGGCUUGACAGGGAAGAAAAAGCAUUGUACACACUGAGCGCCAAAGCCGUCAACAAAACCUCCGGACAGGAUCUGGAGAGGGCCUCGGAAUUCAUCAUCAAAAUCCAUGACAUCAAUGACAACGAGCCAAAGUUUGCCAAGGAUACCUACGUGGCCAGUGUAUUAGAGAUGUCGAAUGUUGGUGCAUUCGUAAUGCGAGUUACAGCCACUGAUGCAGAUGAUGAAGCAUAUGGAAACAGCGCCAAGCUGGUUUACAGCAUACUGCAGGGCCAGCCAUAUUUCUCAGUCGAACCUGAAACGGGCGUCAUAAGGACGGCGCUUCCGAACAUGAUUCGAGAGAACCGGGAGCGGCGUGUUUGCUUUGGUACCUACCAUAUCUCCACCCCAGAGUCGGCCGGAAUAGGAUCAUCGGUGGGCCGGAUCAAAGCGUAUGACACGGAUGUGGGAGAGAACGCCGAGAUGUGGUACUCCAUCCUGGAUGGCGACGGGCAAGAUGUGUUCAACAUCAUCACGGACAGCACCAGCCAGGAAGGGGUGAUAACGGUGAAGAAGCAACUAGAUUACGAGAGUAAGAGGUUGUACUCACUACGGGUGCAGGUGACCAACACGCAUAUAGAUCGACGCUUUGAGCAACUGGGGCCUUUCAGCGACACGGCGAUUGUCCGGAUCACGGUCACGGAUGUGGACGAGCCUCCGGUCUUCAAUCGGGCCCUGUACAUUUUUGAGGUGGACGAAGACACCCCCGCCGGCAGCUCAGUUGGCACGGUGUCCGCUCGAGACCCUGAUACAAUCAACCACCUGGUAAAAUACACCAUUGAUCGUCACACAGACCUGGAGAGACUGUUUAGCAUCGAUUCCAACAAUGGGACCAUCAGCACACUGCAGGGUCUGGACAGAGAAACUUCCAAAUGGCACAACAUCUCUGUUCUGGCAACCGAACUCAGUACUGCCCUGCAAACCAGAGUGCCGGUGUUUAUCAAAGUGCGCGACGUGAAUGACAAUGCGCCUGAAUUCGCCAUGUACUACGAGACCUUUGUCUGUGAGAAUGUCAAAGCUGGUCAGCUCAUCCAGACCAUAAGUGCUGUGGACACUGAUGAACCUCUUGUCGGGCACAAGUUUGUUUUCAGUCUAAGCACCAUCAAUCCAAACUUCACCAUUUUCGACAAUGAAGGUACUGCCCUGCAAACCAGAGUGCCGGUGUUUAUCAAAGUGCGCGACGUGAAUGACAAUGCGCCUGAAUUCGCCAUGUACUACGAGACCUUUGUCUGUGAGAAUGUCAAAGCUGGUCAGCUCAUCCAGACCAUAAGUGCUGUGGACACUGAUGAACCUCUUGUCGGGCACAAGUUUGUUUUCAGUCUAAGCACCAUCAAUCCAAACUUCACCAUUUUCGACAAUGAAGACAACACAGCGCGGAUCCUGACCCGCCGGGGCAGCUUCAACAGAAGAGAGAUGAGCUCAUACCUGCUGCCUGUCGUCAUCUCAGACAACGAUUAUCCCAUCCAGAGCAGCACCAGUACGCUGACGGUCCGUGUCUGUGCCUGCGACAGCCGUGGGAAUGUGCAGACAUGCAGUAACGAAGCCCUGCUGCUCUCAGCUGGACUCAGCACCGGAGCCCUGGUGGCCAUCUUACUCUGCAUUUUAAUAUUACUGAUGAUUGUGGUAUUGUUUGCGGCCCUGCGGCGUCAAAAGAAAAAGGAGCCCCUGAUCAUCUCAAAAGAAGACGUCAGGGACAACGUGGUCAGCUACAACGACGAGGGCGGCGGAGAGGAGGACACGCAGGCCUUCGACAUCGGAACCCUGCGGAACCCCGAGGUCAUCGACACCAAUAAACUCCGCCGGGACAUAAUGCCCGAAAUGCUGUUCCCCUUCCGCCGCACGUCCCCCAUCAAAGACAACACAGACGUGAGGGACUUUAUCAACGGACGGCUGCAGGAAAACGACUCGGACCCCACAGCGCCCCCUUAUGACUCCUUGGCUACCUACGCCUACGAAGGCAAUGGCUCUUUGGCGGAGUCCCUCAGCUCUCUGGAAUCGGCCGCCACCGAGGGGGACCAAGAGUUUGAAUAUCUGAGUCACUGGGGUCCACAGUUCAAAAAACUGGCGGAUAUGUAUAUAGGGCAGGAGUCCCAGAGAGAGACUUAAAGCGGAUAUGCAACACAGCACACUUAAAUAUAUCUCAGAGCACUAAAUUAACACAUACAUACUGAAGUCUCCCUCUGUUCUCUGCUGUGUAAAGCAUAUAGACGAAUCUACGAAGACUUGAACAUUGCGCUCAACUACUGGGAACUCUUCACGUAGACGUUCUCUUUUCUCUUUGUCUACUUUAACUUUGUCUUCUUCUUCUUCUGGU